AUGUGGAGGAAGGGGCACACGCGGCCGGGCGCGACCGAGCCCGUGACCUUGUGCAACGCCUGCGGGAUCCUGUACAAGCGCGGGUGGUUCUGCGCGCACUGCGAGCACGUCUACCGCAAGCCGGACGACGACCCCGUCGACGCGCCGGCGUGGAUCGGCUGCGACCACUGCGACGGGUGGGCGCACUACGACUGCGAGCUCAGGCACGCGCCCGAGGCGGUGCUCCCGCCGCCGCCGCCGCCGCCGCCCGCGAUGGGCGGCGAAGAGGAGGGCGCGGAGGAUGCAGCACCGGGCGGCGCGGACGUCGGCGAGAACGCCGACGCGGCGGCGGCGGCGGCGGCGGCGCCCGAAACCGAAACCGUCUCCGUCGCGGGGCUGCUGACGUGCGUUCUAUACACUGGUCCCCAUACGACCGCGUUCGCGUGGUGA